AUGUCGGAGGAAGGCCGCCUAGAGUAUGUCAAAAGAGUGGUUGGUUUCCCAUCAGCAAUUUCCCUGGUGGAGGGUAAGAUUUGGGUUCUUUGGGAUCCUAUUCUCAACAUCACCUUUAGCACGCUAGCAGAGCAGUUAGUGGAUAUGGAGAUCAGUUUUCCAGUUGGGUCGUUCUUCUUCUCCGCGGUCUAUGCCCGAUGUACUGGGGUGGCUAGACGUCCGCUCUGGAGUGCUAUGGAGAGGUUGGCGUCUUCGAGACAAGGAUCCUGGAUGGUGGCUGGGGAUUUCAAUAUCAUCACGGAGGCGUCAGAAAGGCUUGGGAGAUUGGAUCGAGUGGUGAUUAACCAAGAAUGGGCUGAGAUGUGUUCAGUGACACGAGUGUUGCACCUGUCCAGGGGACGGUCAGAUCAUACGCCUUUACUGAUCAAGUGUGGUUCAGGAAGGCAGGGUAAAUCGGCCUUCAGGUAUCUCAAUGUGUGGCCCCGUCACAGGUCCUUUCUUGGGGUUGUUCAAGAGGUAUGGGGAGGGGGAGGCCCUUCACGUACGAUGUCAAAAUUUUAUCAAAAACUGUUGGGGGUGAAGAGCAAGCUGAGGGUAUGGAACAAGGAGGUUUUCAGGAAUAUAGAGACCCGGGUGGCGGAGCUCGAGAGGGAUAUGCGGACUGCCGAAAUGCAGUAUGAUACGGGGAGAAUUGUGGCAGCGAAGAUUGUUUAUCAUGAGGCUCGGGCGGCAUAUAUGAAGCAGUUGGCUGUAGAGUGUGGGUUUUGGCGUCAAAAGUCGAGGAUAAAAUGGAUUCAGGAGGGGGAUGCGAACACGGCCUUCUUCCAUUCUGUGGUUCGACAAAGGCGGGCUUCGAAUUACAUUUCUGGGAUUCGGAGUGCAACGGGGCAGUGGCUGUCUGAGGCUGAGGACAUUAAGAGUUCGGCAGCAGCAUUCUUCCAAGCGUUAUUCAGUUCGGAUAGGAAUACUGAUUGGCAGCUAGUAUUGCCUUUCGCUCUCCCACAGGUGUCUCAGGGGGAUAAUGAGAGUAUGCUGGCCCUGCCAACAACGGAUGAGGUGCGAGAAGUGGUGUUCUCGAUCAGUCCAGAUAGUGCCCCUGGUCCAGACGGCUUUGGGUCAGACUUUUACCAGGCGUGCUGGGAGAUAGUUAAGGAUAGUUUAGUGGCUGCUAUCCAUGAUUAUUUUAGAGGGGGUGGCUGCCAAAAGGAGUAA